GUCCAACUAGUAAAAUACAAGGGGCCUGGUCGUCUGUUCAGAGCGGUUGCAAGUCCCUGGACUAAUAUGUCGAGGAACUAUUCCCAGCCUUGGAAGUUUUCUGUUGGCCAGGAUGGUUUCAUUAUCAAAGUUACCAUUUACCCUGUGAGAUGCACGGAUCAGGGCCAGUACUUCUGUAUCGUUGAGUACAGAGUUUCAAGGGAAACUGUGCACACUACACAUUCCUGUCGUGGAUUGACGCAUCCCUGCCUCAGAGAGCCCUGAAAUGCUGGACCCGCUGCAAGUUCCUGUGUGACCGUCCGGGCUGCAACGAUUUAGAACAGAGGGUGGCUCUUGGGAGUACAGAAAAGAGAGAAGGGGACGACACCAAUGCAGGCUGGCGACUGCAAAGACUGGUAGAUAUACCGGAAGCUGAGGAGACGGUUGAGGAAGACGAGGCGUCUACAGACGUACCCUCGGACCUGGACGGUGAUGUGGAUGUAGACGUGGAUGGAGACGCGGAUGGAGACGUGGAUGGAGACGCGGAGAUGUAGACGCAGUUCCUGAGAACUGAAUUACUACAGUGGAUAGGCAAGGAUUUAGCAGACACACGCCGGGGCAAGGAUUAAGCGAAGAUACUCUUGACUCUUAGAAAGGGAACUUUUGAUGGAAAGCAGUUGCUUUCAUUCGGUGAUUUCUGGUGCAGGCAAACUGGAUUCCUGUGGGAAGGGAAGUAAUUCUGGUAUCACUAAUUAUUUACUUGGUUACCUUUCUUGCAAUAGAUUUGGCAGGUUUGGUGGGUGGGGAAGAGAGAGAGAGAG